GUGUUUCAGUUUACGUGAUUCUCUCCGUUGUGCUAGUGUACUGUGUGCAUAAUAUUCAGCCUCUUUAUUGCGCAUCACACUACAUGUAUUCAAAUACAUAAAGAGAUGACAACAAUCUGCUCCUAGCUGUAUAACUACUGAUGAUAUUCUUAACAAUAUUGGAACAUAACAAUAUAAGACAUAAGCAGGACCAAUACUGGUUUUAGAAACAAAAUAUAAAUAUGUAUGAGUAACAUAUUAGUACCAUAAGCUAAACGUGACCAUGGCGUACCCUAACCAGCUGCCCCCGCCCCCGCCCCAGACUAUGGGGUCCACAAACACGGUCUUCAUCAAAGAGUUAAGAUUCGACCCCUCGUAUUUGAAGACUUUGCCAGGAGUACUUAAAGUUGUUGUUGUGCUCUUCAACUUAAUCGGCUUCAUCUGCAUUCAAUCGUCCGCAUUCUGGUCAAAUGGUCGAGGAGUGUACUUCAACAUAGUAGCUAACCUGGGGUUCUGGUUCUCCGGCAUCCUGCUGGCGCUGUACCUGUUCCACGUGGUGGAGAAGUACCACAACAUCAAGUGGCUGAAGAUUGAGAUGAUCGCGUACAUUGUGAUGGUGUUUCUGUACCUGAUUGCGUCUACUAUUGUUGUGGCGUUUGGAGCUGCUGGGUACUCUGCUGCUGGGUUCUUCGGCUACCUUGCGAUGGUGCUAUACGGAGGAGAUGCCUUCCUCAAGUAUCAAGCGCUGAUGGCCGGCGAGCUCGCGCAGGGCCACCGCGUGCAAGCCAAGCAGACACACGUGACCACGCCCCCCGCGUUACCAUAGCAACCUGGACCUAGGUAAUUUUGGAAAAUGUACAUACAUAGGUACUGUAAGAGAUUGUAUUUACUCUUAUGAUUGUAUUGAAUGCAAUCUGAACAGGUACAGACACCAGCAAGUCAACAUAUACUUAUUUGUAAAAAAUAUUCAAUUGAUUUUCAACCUUGUCUUUUGUAAUAUGGUCGAAAAUUGAUUGCAAUAUUUUGACAGCUUCGUCCCUUGAUGAGCUGGUGUACACUUAGUUCUAAUUAGCGGAAGUGUUCUGUAAAUAAGUAUCUAAUCAACAUCAUGUAUUGUCCAGCAUCUCGGUUCAAGAAUUAUGAAUGCUAGAAAAACGAGUUUUAGAAUAUAAGCGCUCAAGUAAUGGACCAAAGUCACGAUUCGUUAUUCACAUGUUAAUAUUUUUUUUUUUCAAUUUUAUGUUAUUGGUCUGUCAGAACACGAGAGGAGGCAAAUUGGUAAGAAUCUAAUAAUCAAUGAUAUUAAUUUCGAGAUUUCUAAUUUUAUUUUCGAUAUUUUAUGAAUUACUUAUUAAUCAAUUUAAUUUUGUUGAUUUGAACCUUGAUUGGUUUUCGAAUACCUACUUACUGAUUGAAAUGAUUUUAAAUUAAUUUACAAAGACUAGCUAUAAGUAUAAUUUGUAAACACGCUUCAAAAGUUCAAAUAUUUUGCUCUAAUUACGUGCAAAUGACCAAAAAUAAUACAAUAUUAAUUAGUGAAUUUUAGUUUAAAAUUGAUAUCAUUUUAAUUUUAAAAAGAUAGAAGAAGACAGAGGAAUCAUUCUGUUUCUCAUCCUUGGACAUUUAAGUAUGCAAGUCUACGUAGCGCUGAUGUCUACACAGUUUUUGUACCUAUAAAACCUAGCAUUACGGGCUUAAGGGUAACCAGAUCUUACUAAAUUCAUGUAAAAUACGACUGGAAUUAGAUUUUACCCCAUCUUAAUCAUAAAUAUCUGGAUUAAUCUUGGUUUUGACAGAAAUUCAUUAGGGAGGGCUGAGCUGAUGUCGAAAAUCGAUCGCUAGAUUGUAAUUUAAAGAUUUUUGAUUGCAAUCGGUUACUCAUUUCGGCUUAUGAUAGCCUGUAUGUAUCUACGUAGAUAUGUGUUUUACAAACGCGUCUGGAUAACGCUAAGUGUCGACCUACUUGUCCAAGGUCAGGAGAAGCAGUAAUAAGUGUAAAUAUAAUGUAUUUAACCUAUUUCCCACCAAGUUAUGUAACCCAGUUUCUGAUGGCUGUGACGUCACUAAUCAUGUGCAGUGCCGGUCAUAUCUGCAACACGAUAAACUGGAAAUAAAUCGCGGGCAUGCAGUUAAAUACCAAAUCCUGUCCGAUUUUGAUAGCAUGUACAUAGUUGCAUUUUACGUUUUAACAUUAUUAUUAUUAUUAGGUAAUAAUGUAAUAUGCUAUAUAGACGUUUUACCAUGGUGUAAUUUUUGGGAGAACAAAAAACUGUCGACAUUUGGCACGCACAUUUAAGUUCAUGCUAUUUUCAGAUGUUACUUCAUAAAAUAAUCUAGAUAUCUAUGAAGUAAUUAUGAAAGAGCGUAUUCCUUUUUAAAAUGCCGGCAACGCACCUGUGACUCCACUGGUGUUGUGGGUGUCCAUG